CAAACAGUAUUGUGCGUGCACUCGGUAUUAUUUACUUUUUUGGCAAAUCAAUAACUGAAUUUGUGUAGAGAGCAACACACGAACGCGCUGCGCAAAAGUGAAAACUCAAUCAACGAACAAACGCAUUGAAAAGAAAAGCAGCGCACCAACAAACAAAAAAAGCAAAACUUGAUAUCGAUAACGAUAACGAUAGACACAUUCAUCUCACCAACCACAAACAACCACCACCACCACCACAAACAUUCCUGCCUGCUGCUGCCAUGCGCCGCUAAGCCCCAAAAUAAACAAAAACAAAUUCAAAAAUCGAUCUCGUGUCAAAGAUGAGACUUCCGCUGCUGCUGCUGCCGCUAAUCGCUGCCUCCGCUUGCCUGCUAUCGAUAACCGCCGCCUGCUCAUCGCGUGCCAUAACCAAACCCCGUCCAGAGGCACCACCACCAGAGGCUGCAUCCACCACCGUCGCCCCCUCGACGGCGCCCGACAAUGUGAUUGCAUUGACGACACCAUCGCGACCCAAUAUCACAUUUCCGAUCUUUCGCUGUCCGCCCACCUAUGCGGCAUGGUAUUGCCUGAAUGAUGCCACCUGCUUCACCGUCGAGAUCCACAACGAGGUGCUGUACAAUUGCGAGUGUGCACUCGGAUUUAUGGGACCCCGAUGCGAGUACAAGGAGAUCGAUGGCACCUACUUGCCCACAAGGAAUCGUGUGAUGCUGGAGAAGGCGAGCAUUGUGAGUGGCGCCACGCUCGCUGUCAUCUUUAUGGCCAUGUGCUGUGUGGUCCUGUAUCUGCGGCACGAGAAGCAAGCGAAGCAGAAGCUUCAUGCCGGUGGUGGUGGCAACGAUGUGGCGGACAUGGCAUUCGAGAAUGCCGGCGUCGAUGAGGUGGACGGGCUAAAGCCAUUGCGCAUAGCGCGACGUCCAUUUGGACCGCAUCAUAGUCGCAUUUUAACCCUGGAGCAGGCGUAUCUUCAGUCGGCUACAAGCCAUGAGAGAGAAAGGCAUUGAACUACUAAAAAACUGCUGCAGCGAAUGUCCUUUUAAUCCUUAAACUGUUUAUUUUUUUGUAAUAUUUAUUAAUCGACUUGACUUUUGUUUCUUUUUAUUUUGUGGUAACUUUUUAACCAAAACUUGAAAGUAUUUGAGUGCCUUCCAAACGAUGACGAUAAACUUCGUGAAAGAGAGCGAGAGCUGAAAUUAACGCAAUGCAAUUUUGGCAGCUAGCCGCCCAUUUUUUGAUACCUAAUUUAAUGCCUAAUUAUUUAAUAAUUUAAUACGAAAUGCCACGUUAACCUAAACUAUUAACGUUUAAAAAAUAAAAAUAAAUUCAAAAGAAAAAACCUAAAGACCAAAACUGA